AUGGCGGAGGGUGAGAGGGGACCCCCAUGGCAUGGUACAUCCAGCUGUGUCUGAAAGGGAUUAGCUCAGCAAUAUGUACUCGCGCACGCGCACACGCGCACGCACGCACACACACACACACACACACACACACACACACACACACAUCAGCAGCUUGCUGGAAGACCGGUCAUCUUCAAGGGUCCCAAUAGCCCCUCAGUCUGAGUGGAGCAUUUUCACGUCACGUGAGACGGACCCAACAUCAGAACUUGGGGACAUGUUCACGUCACGAGAGACACCACCAGAGUGAAUUGGAUGUUAACUUGAGAAUUCCCAUUACCCUACCUCUCACUCCUUCUCCAGCUGGUCUGUCACCUCUGUUGUGACAGGGAGAGUGACAGGGAGAGCAGCUCCCCGUUUUGGCCUGGCAGGCUGGCUCGUUAGUGUGAGAUUUAUCACUCUAACACCGGGGGUCUGGUGCUGAGGUGGUUAAUGUCCUGGAGGGAUGACACAGUCUCAGGGGGGACAUCGUUAAUGCCCAGCCAGCCAGCCUGCCCUGAGUUUGGCCUCACCAGUUUCCUCUGGGUUUAUUGUUGUUUCCCAACAGACAAUGCAACUGCAUAGCUGGAGGGGGAAAACAUGAGCCACAAUGGCUUGAUCUGAUCGCCUCAAGUUAGUGGACGAGUAACUUUUUCUGUAAAGAAAUGUCUCUGUAUUGUGACUAACAGAAACUGUAGGAGUGGAGGGUGGCAGGAAGCCUAGUGUUUAGAGCGUUGGGCCAGUUAAACUAAAGGUCGCUGGUUCAAAUCCCCGAGCCGACAAGGUGAAAAAUGUGCCCUGAGCAAGGCACUUAACCAUAAUUUCCUCCAGUGCCACACUACUAUGAUCGGCCCUGUAAAGCAACAUUUCACUGCACCUAUCUGAUGUAUGUGAUAAUAAAACAUAUUUUCCCUCUCAAAAGGGUAAACAGUUGGAGUGCUGGAGGUACACUACAGUGUGAACCUUAUGACCCUCGACAUAGAAGUCAAAAUAACUUUCCAUCUAGACUUUGGGUAUGACGAAUUACGUUUUUCCUGUCAGUCUGCCCCAGCAGGUGUUCCAUUUACAUUCUUCCCCCUCAGAAACUCAUACAAACUGAACUGUACCCCAUGCACUCCCUGCCCUGCACAGACACAUGGAAUACAUCACAUGUGGAGCUGAAUCGGUUACAUAUUAGAUUUUUCUACAUCCCCUUUCUCCGCCCAACCUCAACCUAGUCUAUACUGAGCUGUAGCCAGCACACCGUAUACUAUCAGUCAACCCUUUAUUUUAGACGGAUAAAUAGUUAGCUAUCCAUGCAUCAAUAUGUGCACUGGAAUAUUUUGUUGUUAUUCUCUCACCAUUGUUUUUAGUCUUCUCUUGCCUUAAUGGAGUUCAGGCUUGGAAGGUGAGUGAGUGAGAGUGAGAGUGAGAGAAAGAAGUGUGUGUGUGUCUGAGUGUGCAGUUUGAAGGUGACAGCUUCUCUUGCAUGAUCAUAAGCAACUGUAAUGGCCUCCAGAUGUGAUCAUCAGCCCCACUGACUGAGCGUACACGCGCACACACACACAUCGUGCCAAAUGAAACAUACCACGCGGCCACUACUAUUUAUUAUUAAAUCUCCCUCUUUUUUUUUACACCAGUCUUCGGCUUUUGUAUAGAGCUGAACCCGCUUUAAGGGAGGGAGAGAGUUUUCAUGGGAAUCUAAAGCUGGAUCCAAUUAUGUUUUUCGAAGGUUGGGGACCAUGUUUUUGUUAUCGGACCAUGGUCGCUUGGUGGUUUCGUCCUAGAGGCCCCCGCGCUGAGCUCCACACACGAAUGUUCAUGAUUUAGUGGCCCACAAACACACAUUUCUGCUGACAUGAGUUUUGAGAACUUUAAAAGGCACGGACACACCGGUAGCGUUUGCCAGCCAAGAGUACUUAGCACCUCUGAACAUAGUGCCAGCCGUAAUUUGCAAACUGAUUCUACAUGUAGAAUAGCAAAAAAAGUAAAACGCCGCGCCGAACGAACUGCAGACAAACAGCAGAUUAUCAUUCGGUGCGGUGUGUGUGGUCCCUAAGAGAACAGAGAUCUGAGGAAGUUGCCAUUUCAAUUUUCUGUCUCAAUGCUAGUCUCAAUGUUAGACUAUUGAGGCACGGCCCGGGCCUCCAAUCAUCAAUGAUGAAGGGAAAGGAGAUGCGGAAAUAAAAAGAAAAGGAAGCCAUGUUAGACUAUUGAGAUACGGCCCGGUGCCACCACACCAUGCACGACCCCCCCUCGUCUUCCACGGCCCAUAACUCUUAGCAGCGGGAUGACAACAUUCUAGUCAAAAACAGCAGACCUGCCCUGACAACAGUCUUAGUUGCCCUAACCCUUUUCCUAACCUUAACCUCAUUUUCCUAACCUGCCACGUUAAUUCUCCUAACCUGCUAUGAAAAGUAACUUCUGCUAGUCAAAAGCAGCAGACCUGUCCUGAGAACAGUCUUGGUUUCCACUAAUGCGACACAGCAUAAAUCUUAACGUUGGGAUGACAACACUCUCCUGGCUUAAUGGCGCUGUCGACAAACAUUAGCAGCCCACCGCGUCAAACUAGCCACCGAAGCUCUCUCUCUCUUUCAAUCCGUCCCUUCCUUUUUGAGCCGCGGCCGGCUCCCCCUCGAGACAUCUGCAGAGGAGUUGCUCAUAAUUAUGAUGUAUUAGACUGUGGCUGGAUUCUGGCCCUGGUGUGCUGUAAUAGUUUCGCAGAUGUGACAUGCAUUAAUAAUUGCAUGUGGCAGACAGAAAUCAAUACCAUCGCUGGAAUCUAUAUUUGCUUCCCGGGGGGUGGGGGGAAUUCACAGUAUUUUUCACAGUAUUUCUCUUUCACUCUCUUUUCUUGGAGAGAGAUGCCUCCCUGCAUCACACUGCAACACAACCCUUAACAGCCUUUAACGUGCUUCUCACCUAGCUACAAUAGGCCAGUCGGUGUGCAACAGCUCUGCAACCCUUCUCUGAAAUAUCUCCACACAAGGACAUACUGUAAUUAUGCUACAUCGGCAUAAUUUGCCUGCUGAAGAUUCUACAAAGACUUGGCCGUGUUGAUGUUUACUAAGAUGGUGAUAUUGCGGUGCAUUGGAAGUACAAGUGUUGCUGUUAAGUCACAACGAACCAGAAUGACUCAAAGGGGGCAAGAAGUGGUGUGUGUACACUGCAGGGCCAGACUCAUAUUACAAUACAAGAAUCAGGCAUCUUAUUUCCUGCCUGUCCAGUGUUAUCCGAUCGUGACUCCACUGUGAUGUCAUUGCUUGACCUUGUGAACAAUAGACAGCCCAGAGUGUGAAUCCAAACCAAAGGUCACGGAUAUGAUAAGCAUAAAACUCAAUCGAAUCCAUAAUGUCAGUCAAUAUCUGCGACUGCCCAAUCGUCCCUCUAGGUGUCCUCUAGGAGUUUUGCAUUAAGUAACUCUAUACCUCUAAUCCAAUAUGAUAAAGUUCAUAACUACAGUAUAGGACAGAGUAGACUGUGUCUGUCUUGGCUAACAGGGACUCACACCUCUGUGGAACCAGGGUUAUAUUAUCCACAGUAUGGCAUUACUGACAUGACAAUAUGGGUGGGAGGGGGGGGGGAUAAAGCCAAGUUUCCUAUAAGAUAGUUGGCCUCAUCCACCCCUCAUACAGGUUACUGCCAAAAUAAAGGAAACACCAACAUAAAGUGUCUUAAUGCGGCUCAUUUACUCAAGAGUUUCCUUUAUUUUGGCAGUUACAUGUACAUUACAAUGGGGCAGAGGGUGAGGAAUAGCAGUACUAAACAGCAGACGCAUAGCAAGCUCGUUUCCCAUCUACCAUCUGUAAUAUUACCAGCCUCCUUUCCCCGCCUGUCUCAAACGUCAACAUUACAGGAGGAGAAUAUCGUUGUCAAAUGAUGCAGCCUCAGUCGUGUUUCAACAGUUAGAAAAAGGUGGAACUCAGUGUUGAUGUAAUAAAUAUAUACUGAACAAAAAUAUAAGCGCAACGUGCAACUAUUUCAAAGAUUUUACUGAGUUAUAGUUCAUAUGAGGAAACCAGUCAAUUGAAAUAAAUUCAUUAUGCCCUAAUCUAUGGAUUUCAAAGAUUUUACUGAGUUAUAGUUCAUAUGAGGAAACCAGUCAAUUGAAAUAAAUUCAUUAUGCCCUAAUCUAUGGAUUUAACGACUGGGAAUACAGAUAUGCAUCUGUUGGUCACAGAUACCUUAAAAAUAUUGGCCUCAAUGGGCCUCGGGAUCUCGUUACGGUAGUUCUGUGAAUUCAAAUUGCUAUCGAUAAAAUGCAAUUAUGUUUGUUGUCCAUAGCUCAUGCCUGCCCAUACCAUAACCCCACCACCACCAUGGGGAACUCUGUUCACAACAUAGACAUCAGAAAACUGCCAUACACGUGGUCUGCGUUUGUGAGGCCGGUUGGACGUACUGUCAAAUUCUCUAAAACAACGUUGGAGGCGGCUUAUGAUAGAGAAAUCAACAUUAAAUUAUCUGGCAACAGCUCUGGUGGACAUUCCUGCAGUCAGCAUGCCAAUUGUGCAUGUGGCAUUGUGUUGUGGGACAGAACUGCACAUUUUAGAGUGGCCUUUUAUUGUCCCCAGCACAAGGUGCACCUGUGUAAUAAUAAUGUUGUUUAAUCAGCUUCGUGAUAUGCCACACCUGUCAGGUGGAUGGAUUAUCUUGGCAAAGGACAAAUUCUCCUAACAGGGAUGUAAACAUUUUUGUGCACAACAUUUUAGAGAAAUAAGCUUUUUGUGCAUAUGGAACAUUUCUGGGAUCUUUUAUAUCAGCUCAUGAAAGAUGGGACCAACACUUUACAUGUUGUGUUUAUAUUUUUGUUCAGUGUAUAUACAUAUUUACUAUACCUGUAGAAAAUAUACUUAAUAUACCUUUAAAGUGAUGAUACAAAGGUUUUGUAUAAUUUCAGCCAGUAGUUUUGAAAUUAGCGCUCACGAGCCAAAACCAGUCCCCGAGAAUUGUGCACAACGUCAAUCAUUUUGCAUGAUAUGUUACGAAUUCCAAUUCGUACAAUACGUUACGAAUUUGUACAGUUGAAGUCGGAAGUUUACAUACAUUUAAGUUGGAGUCAUUAAAACUCGUUUUUCAACCACUCCACAAAUUUCUUGUUAACAUUUACAUUUACAUUUUAGUCAUUUAGCAGACGCUCUUAUACAGAGCGACAAAACUAUUGUUUUGGCAAGUCGGUUAGGACAUCUACUUUGUGCAUGACACAAGUAAUUUUUCCAACAAUUGUUUACAGACAGAUUAUUUCACUUAUAAUUCACUGUAUCACAAUUCCAGUGGGUCAGAAGUUUACAUACACUAAGUUGCCUGUGCCUUUAAACAGCUUGGAAAAUUCCAGAAAAUGAUGUCAUGGCUUUAGAAGCUUCUGAUAGGCUAAUUGACAUCAUUUGAGUCAAUUGGAGAUGUAUCUGUGGAUGUAUUUAAAGGUCUACCUUCAAACUCAGUGCCCCUUUGCUUGACAUCAUGGGAAAAUCAAAAGAAAUCAGCCAAGACCUCAGAAACCAAAUUGUAGACCUCCACAAGUCUGGUUCAGCCUUGGGAGCAAUUUCCAAAUGUCUGAAGGUACCACGUUCAUCUGUACAAACAAAAGUAUGCAAAUAUAAACACCAUGGGACCACGCAGCCGUCAUACUGCUCAGGUAGGAGACGCGUUCUGUCUCCUAGAGAUUAACGUACUUUGGUGCCAAAAGUGCAAAUCAAUCCCAGAACAACAGCAAAGGACCUUGUGAAGAUGCUGGUGAAAACAGGUACAAAAGUAUCUAUAUCUACAGUAAAACAAGUCCUAUAUCGACAUACCCUGAAUGGCCGCUCAGCAAGGAAGAAGCCACUGCUCCAAAACCGCCAUAAAAAGCCAGACUACGGUUUGCAACUGCACUUUGGGACAAAGAUCGUACUUUUUUGAGAAAUGUCCUCUGGUCUGAUUAUACAAAAAUAGAGCUGUUUGGCCAUAAUGACCAUCGUUAUGUUUGGAGGAAAAAGUGGAAGGCUUGCAAGCCGAAGAACACCAUCCCAACCGUGAAGCACAGGGGUGGCAGCAUCAUACUGUGGGGGUGCUUUGCUGCAGGAGGGACUGGUGCACUUCACAAAACAGAUGGCAUCAUGAGGAAGGACAAUUAUGUGGAUAUAUUGUAGCAACAUCUCAAGACAUCAGUCGGGAAGUUAAAGCAUGGUCGGAAAUGCGUCUACAUAAUGGACAAUGACCCCAAGCAUACUUCCAAAGUUGUGGCAAAAUGGCUUAAGGACAACAAAGUCAAGGUAUUGGAGUGGCCAUCACACAGCCCUGACCUCAAUCCUAUAUAACAUUUGUGGGCAGAACGGAAAAAGCAUGUGCGAGCAAGGAGGCCUACAAACCUGACUCAGUUACACCAGCUCUGUCAGGAGGAAUGGGCCAAAAUUCACCCAACUUAUUGUGGGAAGCUUGUUGAAGGCUACCCGAAAUGUUUGACCCAAGUUAAACAAUUUAAAGGCAAUGCUACCAAAUACUAAUUGAGUGUAUGUAAACUUCUGACCCACUGGGAAUGUGAUGAAAGAAAUAAAACCUGAAAUAAAUCAUGCUCUCUACUAUAAUUCUGACAUUUCACAUUCUUAAAAUAAAGUGUUGAUCCUAACUGACCUAAGACAGGGAAUUUGUACAAGGAUUAAAUGUCAGGAAUUGUGAAAAACUGAGUUUAAAUGUAUUUGGCUAAGAUGUAUGUAAACUUCCGACUUCAACUGUAAGUGCUUAAGAUCCCGUUCAAUCUCAUUUAACAAAUAUAUAUUUUUUCGUCCAUAUUGUAUGAAAAAAGGUACCAGUCCCCAGCAAAAAAUUUAACAAAACCUAUUCCCCACCCUCUCCUUCAAGAAAAGGGCAGCGUCAUCUUAUCCUCCAGCCCGUAUUACAAGUCAUUCUAUAGCAUAAACUCCAAGCGUGUAGCAGUUAAUGGAAUGAGGUCAGUGUCUAGCCAUGUGAUUCAGACACAUGCACCCCUUUGUUUGAUACAAGCAGCAUCUGCCUGAGAAGAAAGAGGCAUGGUGGAGGAGUUGAGGAGAGCGUGGAGGUUGCGGUUUGACCAAAGCCAAGUCUCGAGCUAGCGCGCGAUUAUCAUCGCGCGGCGCGAGAGUAUCAGCGAGGCGCGCGCGAGAUAUCGUAGCUCGAUCGCUAGAGAGUAUUCGGUGUCUGCUGUAUCCUCUCAUUUCGCUCUCUCGCUCACUCUCUCUCUCGCUCUCUCUCUCUCUCUCUCUCUCUCUCUAUCCUCUCUCUAGAGACUAGUCGACUUCUCUCUCUCUCUUCUCUCAUCUCUCUCUCUCUCUCUCUCUCUCUCUCUCCUCUUCUGUAAACAUGCUCUGCUACCUCUAGCUGUGGAGUGAAGCUUCACUCACCAAGCUGAGCCCCAAAGACAGCUGCUCAGGUUCGGAGCUGUGUUGUGUUGUGAAUAUGCUGCGCACGCAAAGAAUGCUGCCUCUGGCUUUUCUUUCUUUAUUGAGAACCCCCUCCUUCCUGGAGCUGUCUCUCUAUAUCGAGACAGUUGCUAAUGCCUCGUUGCGUGGGAGGGUGGGGGGGGGGGGGGGGGGGGGGGGGAAGGGGGAGUGGGGGUUAGGAGAGGGGGGAGGGUGGAUGUGCAUAAUUUGGUCAUGUUUUGUCUACCCAAUAAUGUUUUGCCUGGGUGAGUCUGUCUCAGAGAAGCAGUCAUACUGCUCUAGCUGCCAAUGGAUUCGUGAGAAUCUGAGUGCCAAUGGGUUCACCCAUGUCUACAAAGAGCAGCACAUUCAGAAGAUAUAUUCCUCAACUUCACUGGCGUUUCUCCCAUCAGGUUCAGAAUGAUGGAUGUAGACUGGGAAUAUUAUGCAUCUGACCUCGUGGUAUUUUUACAUUCAGCUCGGUUGACUUAACGCAUUUCUAAGGGAAAUGGAGAUUAUUGUAUUUCACCAUCUCUGAUUUCGUUAAAGCGGAAACUCACAGGACAGUAUUACAUAAAAACUGAUGCUGAUUUACUGUAUAUUGGACCUCCUUUUCAACCGUGCUGGUUCCCACACUGUGUGUGUGUUUGUGUGUGACAGACACUCCAUGCCGACGCCAGCACGCUGUCCUGGGAUAACCUCCCCCCUGCAUUCUUAUUUCUCUCCCUGUUUGCCACCCAGUUGAGGUGAAUCUAAUUCUGUGACUCUUCCUUCAUAUCACCAACUGAUAUCCACUUAGAGCCAAGCGUAAACGUAUUACUCCCCUGACCCCCUCACCCAACUCUGUGACCCGGGCUGGCAAUGAGCACAGACUCAUUUACCGUUUCCCACCCCUUAAUGCAAAGCUUCACCGCCCACAUGUUUUUUGUCCUCAGUGUUUAUAAAUAAUUCCAAUUCCGUUCAAUUUUGGAGGGAAUGUGUGUUAUUUCUCCUUCAUCCGUUUCAAACAAAUGUGAUGUUAUGGGAAAGUGGAAACUUGUGAUGACAUUUGAGGAAUCACAGACAAACCAUCCUAGGAUCAUAUAAUACCAAUUUCCACAUUAAUUCAAGAUCAGGGCUAUGUGCACCAUUCACAUUAUUGUUUAAAAGUGUAAUCUUGUAAAGUGUAAACCUUAUCACUGUCUGUUGUUUCUGUAUUCCAUGGUUAGUAAUACCUCUCUCUCUCUCCCUCCGUCUCCCCUGCAGGACGCACAGAGGGCAGCCCUGUGGAUGGACUCAGAGCAGGCCAGAUGGAAACAGAAAAGGCCAGCCAGGAGACGGAAGAAAGUCUGAUACUAGCACAACUCAACGCCGCCACUCAUCCAGACAACUUGAUCACCGCCAAGCUCCAAAAUGGCACCCAGUCGCCAGAAGGAGCCCAUCAGCAGAUCAACGGGGACGGAAACUGGAACCUUUACAACAAGGCCGUGGAAGGGGUCAUCAACCCAAUGAAGAGACACAGGGAGAACAGCAGCAGCCCUGCCGGAGUGCAGGGACUGUUCGACCAAGGCUCUUAUAACAUGAUCAAUGGCGGGGAUCUGAAGCAUGCGCUCAGUGACCAGUCCUUACUGGGCAUUCACCAGGCCAAGAAACUCAGAGCGGAUUUGGAGAUUAACAGAGUGGAUGGAGAGGAGAUGUGGGACAAAAAGGAUGGUGGUGACAUCAUGGACGAUUUCCCUGAGUUGACAAAGCCUGGGGAGUUUGACUGCGAUGAGACAAGACUGGAUAAGAGAAACUGUAAUACUUUCUCAAAUGGAGGGGAUAUUUUCUCACUAUCGAGGAACAAGCAAAUGGCUAAUGGUGCUACAGUGAGCCCCAAUUCCAUUGAAGGCACACCUGGCGACCUUCUAGAGAAAACUCUGUCUCAGUAUUACCCAGAACAAGUGUCCAUCGCACCACAGACAGGCGCGCCGGAGUCUCAACCGGAGGUGGGGUUGGUCGACGACAUUAGCUCACUCACCAAUGAACUCCCUGAACUGCCCGAACAAGCCACGACGCAGUCACCUACCUCUCUUACCUCAGGGUUCCCUCCCAUUUCAUCCCAGAGGCCUGUCUUGGAGCAACAGCAGCAGACUGGGGUAGCAGCCCGCAAAGGACAAGGCAGCAAUGGAUAUAACAACUCAGCCGCCCCGUAUAUGGUGAAUGGAUAUUCUAACAGUUACAGAGGAGAGCACCAGCAACAGCAGCUCGCUAACGGCUCCCAACAACAUCAGAACAACACAGAGGGCAUUUACAGGAAACCUAACCAGGAGUUUAACCAUCAGAACUCUUUCCUGCCCCCUCUAGAGCAGAGCACUCCGCUGCAGACAGAGGAGGCCAUUGGGUUCAGUCCCGGCCCUUUCCCCAGCCCAGGCAUGGGGCAGAAUGAGGAGAGGCGCCAGCAGCAACAGUAUGGGAUGCAGCAGCAGCAACAGCAGACGGGGAACCCCUGUGGAGCUGACUCUACGGGCCCCCAGGGCUCCAUGGGCCCAGCUCCCCUGCCCGGUGGCAGCGAGCCUGGACCCCAACGCUCCCAUCAAAAUGGGAUGAUGGAAGACACGACGCAGCAGCAGCAGAGAGGAGGAGCAGAUCCCGGCUGCCCUAAUUCCCAGAUGGGCUGGAUAGAUCUGAACUCCCAGGGCCAGGGCCAGAUGCUGGAGCCCGACUCAGCACGGAGGUUCCAGACGGGGGGACAAAGCUUUGACGUAGGACCCACCGGAGGGGCCUACCAGCAACAGCAGCCGCGGCCGGCCCAGUCGCCUCACCAAGUGCCUCCUGCCAAGCACAACACUGCCCCAGAGUGGCAGCAGCAGGCCGACUCUAAAGGCCCUUCUCACAUGCACCAACAACAGCAGCCACAUACACAACACAUGCCCCAGCAGCAGUGUAAUCUUCCUCCUCAACAGCAGCAGCAAGGGGAGAAUUGUUUUCGAGCCCCCAUGCAGCCAGAGCACUUAUGCGAAGGCGACCCAGAUCUAGAGGAAAUACUUUCACCUAGCUUUUUGCAGCCGCCACAACGUCCACAACAUCAACAGCAGCAGCGCCCGCUGUCCCAUCCAUCUCAGUACGACGGACAGCAGUCGGUCAACGCACCCCAGUCGCAGGACCCCAACCAGGGCAAGAUGGACGGUCAACAGCUGCUGAACAAACUCAAGCUGGAGGACUACAUCAGGCUAGAAAAGGAUCUAAAAUCCCCUGGUGGAGGCUACAGAGGUCAGGGUGGUCAACCCCAGCCUGGGCACCAGCAGCAGAUCCAGUCUAUGAUGAGAAACAACCCUGGGUUCAAUCCUGCAGACCCCUCUCAGCCCAACGAUGCACAGCAGUCCCAGCAGGCGUCAUGGCGACACAGCAGCAGUAAUACCAUGGAGAUGGAGAUGGAGCUGGAGAUGAAGCAGCAACAACAACAGCAGCACCAACAACAACAGCAGAGGCAGUACACUCCAAGCCCCGGGCCCAAGCAAUACUCCCACCAGCAGCAGCCGCCGCCCCACUUCCGACAACCACACCUCAACCACAUGGACUUCCCAGUUACCCAGACCCCCCCACAACCACUACCUCACUUACCACACAGUGCUUUAAACCAGCAGUUGUCUGCACAGCAACAGCAGAUGUAUCCUAAAAUGGAGCAGAAUCAGCAGGAGUCUUGCGCCCAGUUCCAGAGGGGGAGGCCUCCACCGCUGGGACACGGGGGCCCCCAGGGGGACUUCCAGAGGCACGCGGCCCUGCGGAUGCAUCUUCUACAGAGGCAGUCUGAGCGGGGAUCUCUGGGUCCCCCUCAUCCACAGAGCCCUGUAGACUUCAAGCACGGCCUCCGGCCCAUCAAGAUGGAGAAUGGGCCGCGGUUCGAACACCCUCACCACCCAGGGACUGGACCGCCGCCAUUGAUGCAGCAUCAACAGCAGGGCCGGGAGAUGGGUAUGGUAAUGGGGGGCAUCCAGGUCAAGCAGGAGUACAACCCACAGCCCCAGAUGUCGUGCGGCGGUGAGCGGAGCCAGAGCAGCUCCCAGCGGAGCAUCCUAGCCACCAUGGAGCAGACUCUCAGACAGUAUCAGCUUUCACCAGUCUUCGACAGGAAGUCCCUCGUCAUCAGGUCGCCCAACAAGGUCAAGGUGGAGCAGUCUGGCGCUGUGACGGUGCUCUCGACCCACGCGGACAUGGACGGUGGGAUGGUUGGGAUGGAGGACAUGGGGAUGGGGCGUCCUGGCUCCAAUGCGCUGAAAAGACCCCACCUAGACUUCACCCCCAAGCAGGAACCCCUGCUCCAGAGUUUUAUGAAUUCCCCCAUGAAACUCCUGGAUACUCCCAUUAAAAACCUAUUGGAUACUCCUAUCAAGACCCAGUAUGAUAUCCCUUCCUGCCACUGCGUGGGUGAGUCACAUUUCAUGUCUGUCUUUACACACAGAUUAUUUGUCAGUUGAUGUCUAAUUUGGGUAUGGGGUUUGUCCCUUUCUUUGUUUUGAAACAGAGUCGAUCAGUGAGAAGGACGAAGGGCCGUAUUACACCCACCUGGGCUCCGCUCCAAAUAUCAAGGCCAUCCGUGACAUCAUGGAGACAAGGUGGGUUGUUUUAUCCCGCUUCAUCCCACGUAAUACAAAGGAAAAGGUUUUUCUACGCACAGUUACUGAAUGUAUAACUUUUCAAUGUUUCAAACAAACAUUUUAACGGUUGCUUUCUCACACGCAAAUAAACCAUAGGAACAAUUACUGAACUUUUCAAGAUUUCAAACAAACAUUUUAACUCAAGCUUUCUCACGUCACAGCCAUUUUGGUCUCACUUUCUGGUCACAUGACCUCCAUACUUAGAGUGACAGGUUCCUGAUUUUACCACUCACCAGAAUUAAACAUGGUGCCAUAUAAAUAAUGGCAUAUAAAUCAUGGCAUGGAUCUUACACAUGUAGACAUUCCAUUAGUAUUUAACCUGGGAAUACAUGCGUCAAGUUUGUAUUUGUUCCUUUCAUUUGUAAUCCUCUGUAGCUCAGUGUGACUGUGGUCCUCUGUAGCUCAGUUGGUAGAGCAUGGUGCUUGCAACGCCAGGUAUUGGGUUCGAUUCCUGGGACCACCUGUACGUAAAAUGUAUGCACACAUGAAUGUUUGCUGCUUUGGAUAAAAGCGCCUGUUAAAUGACAUAUAUCUAAUGAUGUAUAUACACUCUGGAUUGCUGAGGCUUUGAAGCCAUUGUUUGGGCAUAUUGGCACUCCCCAGAAGUAGCAGUCCUUGUAAUGAAUGGAAUUCUUCAAUGUCUCAAGGACAAAAUUACAUGUAUUUUUGUUGUUGUUGUGGGGACCGUAACAUUAGUAAUCUCAAAAAAAGUAUAUUUCAAGGGGGAAAAAAAUCAUAUAUUUUUUUUUUAUUUGUAUGUUUAGCUCACAUAAUAUCAUUUAAAGGUAUGCAUUAAGGUGUCUGUAAUAUAAUAAAUGUGGCAAAAACGAAUGUAGAUAUUAAUGAAUGCAUUUCUAUAGCUUCCAAAAUAUUUUUUACGACGGUGGGGGAGUGCCAAGAUGGAGGCACAGUUGCUUCAACACAGCGCCCCCUGUCGAUCAUCUAGUGUAUAUAUAGAUCAUUGCAUACAUCAUAUAUAUUCACAUUUACAUUUAUGUCAUUUAGCAGACGCUCUUAUCACAUUUAAUGUGGAGACGUUUCAAUCAGAACGCUCUGUAACGUUGUACACUCCUGAACAGAGCCCAGAUUUACACCCACACUUAACACACGUUGUUCAUAGCCUCAUUUUAUUGCCAUACACUCUUAUGUUACUAUAUCACAUGCAUCUACUAUCAUUCUUGCAUUUGAAGGUCUGGGCUAACUGGCAGUGCCAUCAGGAUUGAAAAAGUGGUGUACACAGGCAAGGAGGGGAAGAGUACACAGGGAUGCCCCAUAGCUAAAUGGGUAAGUGUCAAUGAAGAAUGACAAUAUCUCCGAAAUGUGUUUUUUAUUAUUGUCACAUACAACGGAUAGGUGCAGGGAAAUGUGUUGUUUUACAGGGUCAGCCAUAGUAGUACAGCGCCUCUGGAGCAAAUUAGGGUACUAAAAUCUAAAGACUAUAUAAAUAGAGGAAUUACUCUGAAGUGGGCCUGCUGUAAUAUGUACCUUCCAUACUUUGGUUAUCACUGAUCAGACAGUAUUGGUUUAAGAAUAGAGUCGAAGUCAUGGGUGGUGGUGGCAUUUUAUUAAAACGCUUCCUUUCCUUCAUUAAGGGCACAGUGACAGAUUUUUCACCUUGCGUAUUCGAACCAGCAACCUUUCGGUUACUGGUCCAACGAUCUAACACCCAGGCUACCUGCCGCCCAGUUGGGAUAACCGAAAUUAGAAUAGAGGAUUGGUAUAUAGAGCAAAAUUGACAAUUGUGAAAAUGUACAAUAUUGUAAUUUUAAGGGAAACGUUACUGUAUCCGCUGCGAUCUUAGACCAGAUCCCUCUGGGAAAAAGGCACUUAAUAUCAAUUAGAUUUACCUGGAUAUACAGUGAAAUAAAAUACAUUAAAACAUUGGUGUGUUCCAGGUGAUCCGGCGCGGCAGCGUGGACGAGAAACUCCUGGUUCUGGUGCGUGAGCGGGAGCGCCACAAGUGCGAGACGGCGUGCAUCGUGGUGAUCAUCCUGAUCUGGGAAGGCAUCCCCACCACCAUGGCCGACCAGCUCUACAUGGAGCUCAGCGACACCCUGACGAGACACGGAGCCCUCACCCAGCGACGAUGUGCCAUCAACGAGGAGUAAGGGCCUUUCUGUCCUUGCCUCCAAAAUCGUAAUUUCUAAUCAUGCCAUAAAAUGUGUUUAGACAGCUGAACCAAGCGCACACAUUUUCUUUGACACCGACAAAAGUGCAAUAAUCCAAGACAUUACUGAGGGGGACUGCAACCACAUUGUGCCACUCAUUGCUAUGUAAAUACAAUACACUGCAAUAUAGUACACUCAAAACAGGAAAGAUGCCUCAGGGGAAUAUAAGUAGAUAGUUCAAAUGUACAACAUGUGCAAAAUUAAGGUAGGCCUAUCUGUGACCAACAGAUGCAUAUCUGUAUUCCCAGUGAUAUGAAAUCCAUAGUUUAAGGCCUAAUUUAUUUAUUUCAAUUUACUGAUUACCUUAUAUGAACUGUAACUCUUAGAAAUUGCUGCAUGUUGCGUUUAUAUUUUUGUUCAGUGUACAACAAGUUCAAAUUGAAUAUAAUACCUGAAAACAAACUCGAAGGCAGUAGAUGGGGGAUACAUGAUAACAACAACUGUUUAACUGACGACCAGGCAUGACACACACAAGCUGGGCAUUAGGUCAGAUGAUACACCAUAAUAUCAAAGGCCAGCUUCUCCCGGUCAUGGUACCAAUGAACAGAACAGCUCAUUCACGCACUCCCAUCCGUUGUCUCCUGGGGAGCUUUACUUUACAAAACCCUAAACCCUAUCUGGGAUGAGUUACCUGGUGGUGAAUUAUUGAUAGUUGAAGGCUAUUCAACCCAACCCGUGAUGAGAGGAAGCGACCAUACUUACCAUGUCAUAGCGAUGCUUGCCCAAAGCUGGUCCUUCAGAAUCAUCCUACAGUCAGUCAGUUAGACAUUCUAAUGCUUUAUCCCUCUGUGUCUAGCCUGGUCUCCGAUCUGUUUGUGCUGUCUUGCCAACUCCUAUGGUCAUUUGUUGGCAUGACAAUGACCAUUUAACAGGAGUUGCCAAGACAGCACAAACAUAUCUGGGACCAAGCUAUUCCAUGUCUAACACAGCUAACUAAUUGAGUUGUCCAAAGCGCUGUGUACAUGGCUACACUGUCAGGUAGAACGGCUUGUUCUCUUCAAUGCACACAAUGACUGCAUUAACUAUUCUACUGGCAGCAGCUGCCUCAACCCCGCUCAAACAGGAUGUGUAAUGUCGGCACUCUACAGGAGCGCAUGUGUUAUGGUGUAGCGUGCUGUUUCAGCGUGAUGUAAUGUCAUUCACAAUGAAACAACUGCCUAUAGUGUAAUAUGAAGGCACACCCUGCUAGCCAAAAUCAACGUGUUAUUUUCCAUUUUCUAUGUUAUUUACAUAGGCAUGAGACAUAGAACGGACAGGCUUAACUGCAGGUUUCCGAUAUUCUUUUUCCACUGCUAGGCUGACUCAUAAGUAAAAGGUAUAGGCGUUGCUUUGUGUGUUCAAAACCACCGUUUCCCACUGGGAAGGGAUGCUCAGCUCCUAUAUAAAUCUCAAUUACCCAUGCUUACGUAUUUGCAAUUACAAUUACAUUUGAUUGAAGAUAGUUGGGAGUAUACGUAAUAAACCUUUAUUGGAAUGGUAACCGUACCACCUGGUAUUUGGAAAUGUAUAAAUUCACAGCAAUGUGUUUGAUUAAAUAUUUAUACAAAGGAUUUAAACCAAGCCUUUGACAAUAAAUAGUAGCUGUUGAUUUAGGGUUUUGACAAAUUUACUUCUAGGAGGGAGCACUUGGUAAAUCUAGCAUGGAGUUUUAUGAAUAGCAUUCAAUGAGUUGUUCCUCUCGUCCUUGUUGUUAAGGAGGACGUGUGCGUGCCAGGGAUAUAAACGCAACAUGCAACAAUUUCAAAGAUUUUACGGAGUUACAGUUCAUAGAAGGAAAUCGCUCAAUUGAAAAAAAUUAAUUAGGCCCUAAUCUAUGGUUUUCACAUGACUGGGCAAUGGGCGCAACCAUGGGUGGGUCUGGGAGGGCAUAGGCCCACCCACUGGGGUGUCAGGCCCAGCCAGAGAGAAAUAAUCCCCCUCCCCCCUCCCCCCUCCCCCCUCAGAUGAUCCCGCAGGUGAAGAAGCCCGAUGUGGAGGUCCUGGGCUGGCGUGGUUACACGUGUUUUGCGGUUGUGAAGCCAGUUGGACGUACUGCCAAAUUCUCUAAAACGACGUUGGACGCGGCUUAUGGUAGAGAAAUGAACAUUCAAGAGAAAUGAACAUUCAAUUCUCUGGCAACAACUCGAGUGGACAUUCCUGCAGUCAGCAUGCCAAUUGCACGCUCCCUAAAAACUUCCGAGACAUCUGUGGCAUUGUGUUGUGUGACAAAACUGCACAUUUUAGAUUGGCCUUUUAUUGUCCCCAGUACAAGGUGCACCUGUGUAAUGAUCGUGCUGUUUAAUCAGCGUCUUGAUAUGCCACACCUGUCAGGUGGAUUAAUUAUCUUCGCAAAGGAGAAAUACUCACUAACAGAGAUGUAAUAAAUAGGAAACAAAAUGAGAGAAAUAAGCUUUUUUGUUCGUAUGGAACAUUUCUGGGAUCUUUUAUUUCAGCUCAUGAAACAUGGGACCAACACUUUACAUGUUGCGUUUAUAUUUUUGUAUAAUAGCGUGGCAGGUAGCCUAUUGGUUAGAGCAUUGGGCCAAUAACUGCAAGGUCGCUAGAUUUAAUCCCCAAGUCCACAAGGAGAAAAUCUGUUGAUGUGCCCUUGAGCAAGCUAAUUGCUCUAAGCUCGUCGUUGAUAAUAGCAGACCUUGCUCAGUCUCAGGGAGAAUUGGGAUAUGCAAAAAACACAUUUCCAAUAUACACUUAUAUGUGUGAAAUAGGACAAAUAUAAGCACCCACCAAAUAUACUGAACAAAAAUGUAAACACAUCAUGUAAAGUGUUGAUUUCAUGAGCUGAAAUAAAAGAUCCCAGAAAUGUUCCAUGCGCACAAAAAGUGUAUUUGUUUACAUCCCUGUUAGUGAGCAUUUCUCCUUUGCGAAGAUAAUUCAGCCACCUGACAGGUGUGGUAUAUCAAGACGCUGAUUAAACAGCAUGAUCUUUACACAGGUGCACCUCAUGCUGGGGACAAUAAAAGGCCACUCUAAAAUGUGCAGUUUUGUCACACAACACAAUGCCACAGAUGUCUCUGAAGUUUUGCGGGAGCGUGCAAUUGGCAUGCUGACUGCAGGAAUGUCCACUAGAGCUGUUGCCAGAGAAUUGAAUGUUGACUUCUCUACCAUAAGCUGCCUCUAACGUCAUUUAGAGAAUUUGGCAGUACGUCCAACCAUGCCAGCCCAGGACCUCCACCUCCGGCUUCUUCACCUGCAGUAUCAUCUGAGGCCAGCCACCCGAACAGCUGAUGAAACUGAGGAGUAUUCUGUCUGUAAUAAAGCCCUUUUGUAGGGAAAAACCCAUUCUGAUUGGCUGGGCCUGGCUCCCAAGUGUGUGGGCCUUUGCCCUCCCAGGCCCACCCAUGGCUGUGCCCCUGCCCAGUCAUGUGAAAUCCAUAGAUUAGGGCCUAAUGAAUGUAUUUAAAUUGACUGAUAUCUUUAUAUGAACUGUCACUCAGUAAAAUCGUUUAAAUUGUUGCAUGUUGCUUUUAUAUUUUUGUUCUGUAUAAUGAUUAUUAUAUAAUGAAGUUAUUCCUCUCAUCCUUGCUGUUUAGGAGGACGUGUGCAUGCCAGGGGCUGGACCCAGAGGCCUGUGGAGCUUCCUUCUCCUUCGGCUGUUCCUGGAGCAUGUACUACAAUGGCUGCAAGUUUGCCAGGAGCAAAAUCCCACGCAAAUUCAGGCUAACUGGGGAUGACCCGAAAGAGGUGAAACAUACAGUACAUACUGUAUUCAUAAACAUAUUUAUUUAGUGUUACUCUAAUUAUGCGUUGCCAGCCAUAAAAAAAUACCUACGCUGAAAUAAUGUGUUUUGCUUCUCUAUCAGGAAGAAAGGCUGGAGCAGAACCUUCAGAAUCUGGCAACCCUAAUGGCCCCCACAUACAAAACCCUGGCACCAGAUGCCUAUCAAAACCAGGUAAGGAUUUCUGGGCAUACAGCCUCCAUGUACAGCACUGCAAGACAUUUGAGAUGUAUAGCAUUAAUCAACAUUAACAACUGAACACUAGCUUUAAAAAAAUCCUAGCCAUGAUUCAUUUAAAGAGCCUAUAAAUGAAAUGAUUUAUUAGCUUGAACAGUGAUAAGAUUGAUUUAGUGAGACUAAUUUUUAUGCUCGUAACGUAUACCAUAUGGGCAUCCAUGUCUUCUCUUUGCACUGAGGGUCGUGUUCAGUGGGGCACACCGUAGUUUUGCAACCGCAGACGAAAUUCUGUGUGUUCAUUGGACAAGUUCAGGCAGUACCUCCUCCAUUUUUCAAAACAUUUCCUACUGAACACAACCCUGGUAUUUGUGUGACAUACUGGUACUUAACCCAGUAACCCAGAUUCUCUUCACGCCAGAUAGAACAACUCUUAUCUACACUAGUGCUGUGACUCGGCUAGGGAAUGACGCCACCUGUCUGCAGACAGUGACUAACGCCCAUAUUGUUCGUCCACAGGUGGAACAUGAGCAAAGGGCGCCGGACUGCCGUCUGGGAAAGAAGGAGGGGCGACCUUUCUCCGGGGUCACCGCCUGUAUGGACUUCUGCGCCCACGCUCACAGAGACCUCCACAACAUGCAGGGGGGCAGCACUGUGGUAAGCCAAUACCUAAUCAUGGCAUAGAGUAAAAUGCCAAUACAUUAUUGUAUCAAAUGAUUGAAUCUGCUGGGAGAAAAAAGUUAAGAAAUAAAUACUGCAAUAAACAGAAGAUGCCUCUCUUCCCAGUGGACAUUCAAAUAUUGAAAAAAUUAACACUAGUCAAAAUAAUUGUCGAAAGCAAACAGAGCACUCAAGCUUGUCCCCCCCCCCAGGUGUGCACGCUAACCAGGGAGGACAACCGCCAGAUCGGGAAGAUUCCGGAGGAAGAGCAGCUCCACGUGCUGCCCCUCUACAAGGCCUCGUCAACAGACGAAUUUGGCAGCGAAGAGGGGCAGCAGGAGAAGGUCAAGACGGGCGCCAUCCAGGUGCUCAACGCCUUCCGCCGCCAGAUCCGCAUGCUCUCCGAGCCAGCCAAGUCCUGUCGGCAGAAGAAGCUGGACGCCAAGCGGGCUGCCGCAAACAAGAACGCCGGGGGACCGGACACGCCGUUGAAGGCGGAGAAAGCCCUACAGGCCAAGCUGAAAUCUAGUAGCACUUAUGAGAGCAUAGCUCAGAGCACUCCUGGGACAGGUGGGUGGAGAUUUACACAGUGUAGUAGGGUCCAGACACAAGACGCUGAUGUAGGAGGACUGGUGAUAUUUUAGAAUAGAGGACACAGACGAUACUGUUGUUCUCCUCCGGCACUUUCUAGCGUUCCAUCAGCCUCUAAUAGAUGGGAUCUUUAUAGAUCGAUCAACAUGCAUCCUUGGCAUCAUCUUGUGUAAUGACUGGUGAUAUCGUACACAGUCAGUCUACAGUAUUUGUUUGCAUUUUAUAUGUUAUGCUUCAGGCCCUGUGUUUUGGACAAUAAUGUCACAUGACCUGGAUAUUAACCUUUUAUUUAAAGCUUUUUCAUCAAACUGUCCCUUUUUCUUUUUAUGUCAGAUAGUCCAGCACCCUCCUCAGACAAUUGCUUGCAUUUUUCAGUAUAAUUCUAAUUUCUGGAAAAUACUUAAAAUAAAUAAAGGUACAAAUUUAGGUCAUGUGACAUGAUCUCCCAAAACAGUGGCCCCUAGUUAUACUGCCUGUUUCUAAGACGUGUUUCCAUCGCUCUCUUCUCCCAGGUCCAAAUCCAGGCGCCAUGGGAACGACCCCCCAGCCACCAGGUCAGCCGCCAGGUCACCCUCUUGGGGCCCACCUCCAGCAACAGAACACCCUUCACGCCUUCACUGGCUCCUCCCAUCCAGCCAGCCCCUACCCCCGCUUCCCCAACCAUCCCGGCCCCUUUCCAAGCACUUCCAAGCCAGGUAGCAUGUACACCCAGCCACCAGCCUCAGCAAGCCCUUACCCCUCCCCUUUGCACGUACCCACCUCUUACAUGAAUGGGUCGAAUCCAGCGAGCCCUUACCCCAGUCCCAUGACGCCGGGUAGCCCCUAUCUGGGUUACCAGUGUAACGGAGGUACGCCCUUGGACAACUACCACCCUUACUACACCUCGAACCCAAAGCACCUGGACAUGUACCGGCAACAGAGGCCAGGAGCGCUUUACCCCGACAUGCAGCAGCAGUAUGACGCGCACCAACGCUAUGGGGUCAGCUACCCUCCGCGGUAUGGCGAGCCCGGUUUACAGAUCAAUGGUUACAGCAACUGUAGCAGCAUGAGGCCCGGCAUACACCCCAUGAGCCCCUACGGUCCCCCCUCGUAUGGUCCCAGCGGUUCCCCCGACGCCCAAUACCUGGAUGCCCUCUCCAGGCCGCCCUCAGCCCACCACCCGGGGCUGGACUAUGCAGCAGCAGUGAGCAAAGGCAAUCAGUUUGGUGGGUACCCCAACCCCUACCUCUCCCAGAGCGCCCAAAUGUUCCCCCCGGGCGGCCCCCAGGACCCCUUCCGUAUGCAAGUCAAGACCGAGAUGGGUCUCCAAAGCACGUGCAUGACACCCACGCAACAAGGGUUUCCAGGGCUCCCCAAUGAGAACCACCACGGGGGUUCCCCCAUGAUCAAGCAGGAGCCCGGGUUGGGUUCGCCAACGCCCACCGCACCCAAGGAGAAGCCGGCCAUGUGGUCUGACAACGAGCACAACUUCCUGGAUCCAGAGAUCGGCGGGGUGGCUGUGGCGCCCAGCCACGGCUCCAUCCUCAUUGAGUGUGCCAAGCGGGAGAUGCACGCCACCACGCCGCUAAAGAACCCCAAACGCAACCACCCUGCUCGCAUCUCCCUGGUGUUUUACCAGCACAAGAACAUGAACGAGGCGAAGCACGGCCUGGCGCUGUGGGAGGCCAAGAUGGCCGAGAAGCAACGGGAGAAGGAGGAGGACGCCGAGAGGAACGGGGCCGAGGGCGGCACGGUGACGCCCAGCAAGAGCACUAAGAAGGGGGCGAAGAGGGAGCACCCGGAGCUGUCGGAGCAGCAAGGGGAGCCUCCGUACAAGCGCUUCAUCCAGACCCUCAUGGAGAGGUCCAUGUCGCGCACCACCAACACCUACGUCAACACGUCGCCCUACGCUUUUACCAAGGUCACAGGGCCGUACAGCCACUUCAUCUAG